AUGAGUAGCUAUGCAUCAAUAUUAACACAGAUCUUAUCUAACAUUACAUUAUAUAUCGAUUAUAUUACUUUAAUUUUUGGUACAAUUGGUGGUAUUUGUAAUUUAAUAACAUUUACUAGUCGACAGAUGCGUCAAUCUGCCGCUGUAUUUUAUUUAUUAUAUGGGACAAUCUUUCAAUUAUUAACUAUUUUAUAUUGUGUUUCAAUGCGUUUGUUUUAUGAUCGAUCUGGAAGUAAUUUACAAAAUGAAUCAUCUAUAUUUUGUAAAUUACGAUAUUAUUUUGUUGUAACAUUACCUGCACUUGCUUCUUAUUAUAUGUUUUUGGCUACUCUUGAUCGAUGUUUUUGUACAUCUAUCAAUGUUAAAAUACGUGCAUGGAGUGAAAUUAAAAUUGCAAAACGAUUGUCAAUCUGUAUGCCAAUAGUUGGUUUUAUAAUUUCAAUCCAUAUAUUUAUUCUUUAUGAUAUUUAUAAUAAUUUAUGUCAAAUUAAACCAGGAAGUAUUUAUACAUUUAUCUUUACAGGUUAUUUAAUUGUUAUUGUCACAUUUUUACCGAAUAUUCUUAUGUUAAUAUUUUCUCUUAUCACUGUAUCGGCUGUGAGAAAUUCACGACAACGAGUCAAUACUACAAAUAGAGUCAAUAGUAUGCCAAAUGGACAACGUCCACAACGUUUAGAAUUAAAACUUAUUAAGAUAAUUGUUAUACAAGUAGUUCUGAGUGUAUUACUUUCUCUACUACGCCUUGGUUCCUAUAGUUAUUAUAUUAUCGCCAAUAGUAUUUCCAAUCCAACAAUUAAUCAACGUAGUGCAGCAGGAUUCGCUAUAUCACUUGGUGGUUCUUUAUAUUUUUUUAGUUAUGCCAUACCUUUUUAUGCGUCAAUGAUUUCAACAAAAUAUUUUCGUGAUAUAUUUUAUCAAAGAAUUCUUCUUUUCUAUCGUCGUUCUCUUAGACAAUUUAUCUAA